AUGCGGGAAUAUCGUUCGUCGUUAAGAGAUUACAGCAAAGCAUUACGGCGUGCAAAGUUAGAGAGCUGGAGGAAAUUCGUUACAAAGCAGGGCAACGCAGAACCGUGGGGAUAUAUAUAUAAGCAGCAGGCGGGUAAACUUCGCGUAGAAAAGGUGAUUAACACCCUUAAACGAGAAGGCGGAAAGACCAUGGACGUCCGCGAUACGGCGAGAGUCCUCCUCGACACGCAUGUCCCGGAUGACUGCGAGUCUGAAGACAUGAACCAACAACGCGCGGUGCGGAAUACUUCUAAAGACGCUCCCGAAACCGCGGAUGCCCCUCCCUUCACGAUGGAAAAGGUGACGCGCGUUAUAAAAUCCCUCAAGAAUGGAAAGGCCCCGAGGCCUGUCUUUAUCGAGGUAUCUGUUCAACGGAUGCCUCCAAUGUGGUAUCUUCCCAUCCAUUUGGAAAGAGGGCUCCUUAAGAGCACUCCUCAAAGGCGUGGACAAGGACGCGAAAAACCCCAAAUCCUACCGGCCCAUAUGUCUUCUCUCGUUCGUGGGAAAAGUCCUAGAAAGGCUACUCAAGAUGCCCUAAAUGAAACAUCCCUCGUGUCGGGUAAACUGUUGGACAAACAAUACGGCAUUGUCCCAGAACGCUUCACUGAGGACGCGAUAGUUGAGAUGCGCCGAAUCGUUUCUGCCUCCUCACGGAGAUACGUCAUUGCACUGCUAUUUGACAUCUCGGGAGCCUUCGACAAUGUCUGGUGGCCUUUAGUUCUCAAGGCACUCCGGGAUUGA